AUGCCGACGUCCGCCGAGCCCGUCCACAAGGGCACGCUCGUCUGCGUCGUCCUCAAGGCGCGCAACCUGCCCAACAAGAAAUCCAUCGGAAAGCAGGAUCCUUACACCGUCCUUACCAUGGGCCACGAAAGCCAAAAGACAAAGCCCGACAAGCGCGGUGGUCAGCACCCGUCUUGGGACGAACAGCUUCACUUCGAAGUCUACGAGGACAUGGAGGAUGCUCUCGUCAAAGAUGCGGCCAAUGGAUCUGGAUCGGCUUCCAAAGCGACGUCGGCUUCUGCACUCAAGACAAAAGGAGGCAAGAAGGUGCUCAAGGUCGCUUGCUACGCUGACGACAGCAAAGAGCCCGAAUUCAUCGGUGAAGGUAUCGUUGACCUGACCGACACGCUCAAGACGGGCGAGUACGACGAAUGGGUCACCAUCAAGGCCAAGGACCGCUACGCCGGCGAGGUCUACCUCGAGCUCACCUUCUACUCGGCUGCCGCCCCUCCCAAGAAGCGCAGGCCGUCGACGCAGCCCGCCGUCCUUUCAGCAACCGACUCGUAUGGCGGUGCUGGCUCCUUCUCCAGGAUCGAAGACGGUGGCAACGCAGCUUCCACUGGAUCUGGCUCAGGUGCCCCUCCCAAACCGCCCAAAGGCAAAGGUGACCACCCUCCUAUUCCGGCAUCAAUGCGACCAGGGAGCUUCUCCGCUGCUUCAUCCAACAGCCAUCAUCGCAUGUCGAGCAGUAUAUCCGCUUCGGGCCUCGCAUCGAUGCACAGACCGCCUUCCGCCAUGUCCCACUCGCAGACCAUGCACGACCUCGGCAGCAGCACGCUUCGUCCCAGCUCGUCGCUCGCCACUAUGGACACAUACACACCCGCUUACGCUCCUGCCAGCAUCUCUCGCGGCACGAGCCCUGCACCUCCGUCAUCUGCACACCAUCUAGCUGCUCACAAUCACGCCUCUUCCAUGGGUCCCACCGCGGGCGGAUCCAGACGCAACAGCUUCAAUGCGCCCAUGCCUUCCGAAUUCGGUCACUCGAUCCAGCCCUCGGGUUCCUACUACUCGCAGCACUCGAUCACGCCGUCUCAGAGCAGUCAGUACAUCGCUCACCACCCACAGCCCGGAGACCCAAGCGAUGAUAUGUACGCUACUGUCAAGCCAGCCGACUUCCUCCAGCAGCAGCAACAUCAGCAACAUCAACGGCAGCAGCAAUACAGCGUGCCUCGUUCGCAUUCGAUCUCUCACAUUCCUGUUGCUUACAACCAGAUGCCUCAGCCUGACUUUGGUGCGGACCAACUGGCCCAGUCCAUGUCCAAGAUGGGCUUUGGUCACUCGGCUGCUACCAUGGAUAGACCACCACCCCCUAGAUCGCCCGUGCACGCUGAAGAGCGUCCACCGCAGUCGCACAUCUAUCAGGCGCCAGCUCAUCUCGCUUCGCUGUAUACGCCUCCGCCGACCGCAGGCUACCCGCAAGACGUGCAGAGACCGGUGUCGCCCGCUGCGCGACCAGCCUCGGCUCUGUCUCAAUACAGCUCCCACUCAGCUCACCACACUUCGACACCAUCGGUCGUCAAUGCACAGGCCUACUACCAGCAGCCGCAGGCCGGUGGCCAUCUUGCGCAGCCGACAUCGAUCCCACCGCGAACUUCGUCGCCUGGCGCUUCUUCAGGCUACCACCCCAUCCCUUCGCCCUACAGCCAGCCAGCGCAGCCAUCGCACGUCUCUCGACCGCUACCAUCAACACAGAGCUCGAGCUCGAUCUCGUCGCACGCUCCACCUCAACCCCAGCAGCAGCAGCACGUAUACCCCUCGCAUCUCUAUCAGCCCGUGCAGCAGCCUUCUCCGCCCCCGCAUCAGCAGCAGCUGCCGCACUCCACCUCUCAAUCGUUCUCGCACAAUACGUGGCAUGGUGCUCCACCAACGCAGGCAUCACAGCCUGCUCAACCGACGUAUGCACCUGCGCCUGCUCCGCACCACAAUGGCAGCAUCCCACCGUCGGCGUCGAGCGGAUAUCUGUACACUGCUCCGCCGCAGCCGUCGAGUGCGAGCAGCGAUCAGGGUUCGUGGGGACCUGGUCGAUCGCCGUCCCCUUUGCCGCCGAUCCCUGGGCAUCAGCAGCCGUCCCAUCUACCGUCCUCAGGCUCGAUGCAUGGUUUCUACGGCACCUCGCCUGCCGCCGCUCCUGCAUCACACUAUGCUCACCCGCCGCAGACCUACUCACAGCAGUACGCUCCUCCAGCACAGCAAUACGAAGCACCACCACCCGCCGGCGGGCGACGCCAAUCGAUCGACCCUAGUGGCUACCCAUACCCCCGACCACCCCCACCGCAGCAGCAGCACUACGCGACAGUCUCCGCAGGCUCACAGUAUCAGCACGGCGGAUUGCCAAGCUCCUUUUCCUCAUCCGCCCUCUACCAGUCGCAUCAGAACAGCCAGUAUCAUCAUCAGCAGUAUCAGUAG